AAGCCAGGCUUUUAUUUUGAAAAGGGUCUUUUCGGUGGGCGAUAGACCGAAAUCACAGAGUGGUCUCCCGCUUCACAUUACUUCUGCUGCGGUCAACAGAUGAGAUGCACACAGAGUCGUGAAUGACCGUAAACCACGUUAAGACGCUCUGUUAAAUCUGUUCUCAUUUAUAUCUGUUGACAUUUGCUUCCUCCGAGCCCGUUUGACAUUGAUCAUCCAGGUUGAAGCGGGAUUGUUAGUCUAGGUAAGAGAGAGAGAGAGCAGUAGAGGAGGAGGAGGCCACUCCUUUGAUAAACUGAGCGGACUUAAAAAGCUGUCUUCAUGCAGCUGCUGCUGUGUUAUAUUUACAUUCAGCAGGUGUGUUUGUUCAUAAAUCACUAGAGCUGCGUGUUUGGAUCCUUCUGGAAAUCUCGCGUGUAUCAUUAUUCUCGUGUCGCAUCUUCAAAGACGAAACAAUGUAACCUGGUAACACGAAUGCAGGCUAGAGUUAAGAAGAUCUUACAGCAGCAGCAGUGAGCCGGGUCAAAGUGAAGUGAAAGCCCACACAGAUCCAGCCAUGCUGGAGGAGGACAUGGAAGUGGCCAUCAAGGUGGUGGUGGUGGGGAACGGAGCGGUCGGGAAGUCCAGUAUGAUUCAGAGAUACUGCAAGGGCAUCUUCACCAAGGACUACAAAAAGACCAUUGGGGUUGACUUUCUGGAAAGACAGAUAAUAGUUAACGGCGAGGACGUCAGAUUGAUGUUGUGGGACACGGCCGGACAGGAGGAGUUUGAUGCCAUCACCAAGGCCUAUUACAGAGGGGCUCAGGCCUGUGUGCUGGUGUUCUCCACCACCGACAGAGACUCGUUUGAGGCCAUCAGCAGCUGGAGGGAGAAGGUGGAGAUGGAGGUGGGCGACAUUCCCACCGUCCUGGUGCAGAACAAAAUCGAUCUGCUGGAUGACACGGUUAUCAAGAAUGAAGAGGCUGAAGGUCUUGCUAAGAGGCUGAAGUUGAGAUUCUAUCGGACAUCAGUGAAGGAAGAUCUCAACGUCAAUGAAGUUUUUAAGUACCUAGCUGACAAAUACCUGCAGCGACUCAAACAACAGUCAGCGGAAGAGACCGAGGUUGUUCACACAUCCAGCAAUAAAAUAGGCGUUUUUAACACUACCGGUGGCUCUCAUCCGAACCAGAAUGCCAGUGAUCUGAAUGGCCGUGAGGUCAUAAAUCUGCGCCCAAACAAGCAGAGGACGAAGAAAACAAAAAACCCCUUCGGUAGCUGCAGACUGCUGUAGAGCGGCUCCUGAUUCACUGCUGGGGUCGAUGAGCCGCAGGUGACAUGAGGCUUCACUAAACAUAAAGAAAGGUCUCUUCAUCCACAGCAGAUCUGUCAUAUUCUGUGUUUCAUACCAUCAUGGACUCCUGUGGAUGAGUGUGUCUGCUGCGGGUGAAUGUUUGCGCACCCGAGCCCUCUGCUGGCUGCAGCUGCUUUAAACACUAGUUUUUAAAUUAGAUGGUGAAUUUCUGCGCCAAUAGGAGCAUCAGUCAGAAUUGCGUAAAAAAAUAUGACACACAAUAUGCUCUACUGGCGCAGAAGUGACUUGACUGUGUCCUAAAAGUCAAAAACAACCCACAGUGAGUGACAGUAAAUUGGAGAUCUGUUAAGCUAUUUUUGUACGAGUAUCAAAAUGGACACUGCCCGUCCUCACAUUUUAACAAUGAUUAUGGCUCAAAAUUUAAAUGAGAAGCGAAUAUAUUUUCUCACAGAUGUGCAUUAUUUGAUGUGGUACACAGCAGGGUAAUAAUCAGAUUUUCUCUAAUGAGAUUAAUUACAAAAGAAAAAAAAAUCAGAUUUUUAACACACCAUUUGUGCUUUUGGACUGUUCAUCGUUUGUGCAAUAUGUUAUUAUCGAUGGAGAUGCAUCAUUUGCAAUCUUCCCUUAAAAGUAAUGUUCAUUUGUUUCUUAUAUGAACAGUGUCAUGAAGUUCAACCUGUAUGUUCUUAUAGGUAUUUUUGUAUGAAAAAUGUAGUAAAGUAAUGACUUACUUAAAUCCAUAACAUUUAACACAGUGCCAAAAUGUUUCUAAACUCUACGUACUUGUAAGAAAUGUAAAUAGCGUUAGUAAAUGGUUGAUCAAGUCAGAUUUUUAGAUAUUGUUUCAAAUGAAAUCAACAUCAUUGAUAUGCAUCACCAUGCUCUUCUGAGACUUUGUCAUAUUCUAACUCAAUACCAAAUGCAAGAGGUGGAAUUAUAUAAACACAUUCUUUUGGAAUAAGGAAGUUUAACUUUUUUUUUUUAUUAUUCAUUUGCUGACAACUGGCAAUGCUGUCAGAUAUUACAGCAUAUAACAUCAUACACUCACUGCUAGGGCUGGGCGAUAUAGUUACUAGAAAUUAUGUAUUGAUAUUAUUAAGCCUUUUGAAGUUAUUCUACAUUCUACUUAAUAUAUAUGCAUUUAUUUUUUCAAUCGGUCAUUUUAACCAAAAAGCCACUGUAGUAAAUUAUGCAUCAAAAUGUUCACACUAAAAUGCAGUAAAAAUCAUGCAUAAUUCUACACUGUUUUAAACUAAAUGAACACAAUUACAAUUACAGCUUCGUUGCUGUGGUAUACGAAAACGGUUUCGUCUAUCAACAUGAAAUCCAUAAUUUUUUGCAAGCACAGUCUAAAAAUGAUACGAUUCCAUUUUGGUGAAAUUCGGACAAACAGUCUAGGAGGAGUUAGAAAAAGUAGGUUAUGAAAAAAAAAAAUCAAAAUGGUGGACAGGAAGUUUGGCAAAAUAUGGCAAAAUUGGUAUGUGUUCUCGGCAUGACCCAAGGAAUCUGUUAAGACCAGUUUCAUUUAUUCAAAAGUUAUUAGCAUUUUUGUAAAUUUCAUUAUAACUUUUGACCACAAGGUGGCGCUGCCCUGAAACUUUUUGAGUACUGUUAGGGCAUAGUGCCAAAGGCACAUACCAAGUUUCGUAGCGAUACACUGUUCAUAAAAUUUUUUAAUGCCAAAAUUCAAAAUGGCUGAUGCCCAAAAUGGCCAGUAUGGGAUUUCAAAUGGCCGAAGGUUUUAUGAUUUUUAUGAAGACCACUUUUAUGAUUUUUGGACAAAGUUCUAAACAAAAAUAGCAAUUUUUCAUAUCUCCGGACCAGUAGGUGGUGUUGUGCCGAAAUGCAGCAUGUUACCUCAGGUCAUGCUUGUGAUGACAUGGACCAAGUUUGGUCUGAAUACGAUAAAGCGUUGAGGAGAUACAACCUUGCGUCUAUUUUCGCAAGCGCUAUGUAAAAUUCGUUUGCAUGCUUUUCGAAAACGGUUUGACAAAUCGACUUGAAUUCCAUAACUUUUUGUCAGCAUGGUCUGAAGAUGAUCUGGUUCAAUUUUUGUGAAAAUCGGAGUAACGGAGGAUGAGUUUGAAAAAGUAGGUUUUUCAUAGAAUUAAAAAUGGGUGCAAUCGAAUUGGCUUGAGCAACGGAAUCAGAGGAAACUCCUUACGGUUCAAAAGUUAUUAGCAUAAACAUGAGUGCAAAUUUGGACAGGCGGUGGCGCUAGAGGGAUUGAGUUACAGACUCCAAAUUUGCUAUGUCGACAUAUCAGACUGUUCUCUAUCUGUGUGCCAAAUUUCACAACAUUUUAGCAUACGGUUCUAUGGGCUGCCAUAGACUCGAGCGGAAAUUGAAGAAGAAUAAUAAGAAGAACGCCAGCGAUUAUAACAGGUACCUAUGCACCUUUGGUGCUUGGCCCCUAAUUAAAUUUAAUAAUUUUCAUUCAUCUACACACCAAUGUAACAAAAAAAUAAAUAAACCUCAAUGUUUACUUACAUAUAUUGUUUUGCUGUUUAUUUACUAAAGCAUUGAAGUCCUUAAAUAGGGAGGAACAUUAAAAAAAAACUUUAAAUGAAUGUAUUGCUAAACAAAUCAGCAUAGAAUACAACUCAGUAGGGAACAAAGUAGGGAUGGGCCCGAACGUGACAGCGACCAUCGAUCAUAAAAAUAUAAGUCACGGCGAUCAUCGUUUUCAUGAUCGAUGGUCAGAAAAAAAGAGCAGCUAUUCCAGGGAUCCAAGACCAAGUCCUAUCUAUUUGAAUGGGCUCAAACAGCAUUAAAAAAAAGCCAAUGCGCAUGUGCAGUCUUAAGUGCGAGUCUCGGGUUUCUAUGGGAACCGGAGCCUCUAACGACAGCUGCAGUGAUACAAUGACUUUAUCAAUCAGCGACUGGCUCUUUUACUUAGAAGGCGGGACGUAUUCCGCCAUAUUGCGCGUUGCAGUUUCUGCCAUUCAUAACUAAUAGGAGUGAACCAUCUUUUUCUAUCUAUAGUCUUUGAUUAGACACAGACCCUUGUUUAGCCUGUGUUUCAUCGCAUUGUUACGGGAAGAGCGCAUCCACAUAGAAGUUACACAUUCUGAGCACGGUCAAGUUCACGUGUGCAUUCACUUCCUUUUGUGCAAAUGUAAGUUGUAAUAUUACUUUUAUGUUGUAUAUAUCUUAAUAAUUUCAUAUAAGAUGCAUUUGUUUGAGUCUAUUAACCCGCUAUAGCAAAGCGCUUCGGUUUCCCAGUGUUCAUUCACUCUUCAGCGUCAGUGACAUUAGUGAUUGAGUUAUUUGAAACAAUCAUAUUUCAUAUAUCAGGUUUCUUGUUCAAAACAUUGAUGGUGCGUUACUAACAACAACAAGUUAUUUUCUCGUCACAGUUUCAUCAACAGUAUGUUUUAAUUCAAAAAGCCUAGUUUCGUCAUGACGGGCAUAACAACCCCGCCCCCUAUUAACCGAUUAAUCGUUUUACCAAAGAACUUUUAUUGACAAGAAGUGAAACUCAAUAGAACGUUCCAUUGCGACACCGGCACCCAGCAGCAGCCCUACGCUUCCGCCAUUUUGGGGUGAAAGUGAUUUGGCAGUCUACUAGUGUCUUGCUGUCGCUAUGACAAUAUCAACUGCUUUGUUUAAAAAAAAAAAAAAAAAAAAAAAAAGUACAUUAAAGCUGAAAUCCAACCUGAAUGAUGACAACACAUGAUAACGUACAAUCACUUGUGAUCAUCAAAUACAUUUAUCAGUGAUCAUUUAACAGUUUAUUUUACAGACUUUGUGUUUACGUCUUCCACUUUUUUUCACAAAACCUUUGCUCUCUAGAAACCCAGUCAGUUUGGGUUAAAAUUCUUUGAAGUUCAAGUAUUAGCAUUAUAAACACUGAAUUAAUACCAACAUAUGAAAUUAAAUUAAGGACAUGCAUCAGAAAAAUUGGGAAUGUUGGACAAUAGAACAGCUUGACAGUAAACUGUUUUUGCAGUGUUGUCUUAUAUUAAUGUCCGUUAAAGCAAGACUAUGUAAACAAAAAAACACAACCACUGUGUCCAAAAGUGGGAAUUAUGGGAUAACAGACACAGCAAUGCAUCAUGUUCUAUUAUCAUGUUUAUAGUGUGAUCCAGGAGAUUAAAACGUACAAUAUAUAUUUCAGACCUAGUGGAGUAAUAGUAACUAAUAAUAGUAAUAGUAAAUGUGAAAAGUUGCAUAAAAUGGAAAUACUCAAUAAAGUAGGCUAAAACUACCUCAAAUGUAUACUUAAUGGUUGGAUUCCACAAUUGAUAACAUAAAACAAAUAACACAAUACAACAUUGACUGUAGGUGUCAUAAAAUUUAAUGAUGGUUUAAUUUGAGAAAUGUUCUAUUGCGCUUCUGAUUUGGCUGUGAGAUUCGCAGAUUUUGUGUGAUUUUCGUCAUUCUGUCUGUUUCUGUGUAUCUGUGCUGUUGUCCAGUUGGCAUUUUCACCCCAAAAUGGCGGCCGCGCUUCCAAAGCGCCACCUAGUGGCCGUUACCAAAAAAGCUGAGUUUCAACUCUUGGCUUCUAUACUCUUUGGUUUUACCAAGCAGUACUUGAGAAAAAAUGCCCAUCCCUACUUCAAAGUACUGCUGUUGUUUUGAAUUUUAAAUAACAUGUAAAAGAUAUAAAGAUUUACCUUGAGGCCAAUGACCACUGCCUUAAGUGUUUGCUUGAAACCCUUUUCAUUAUUAUUUUCAUAACCCACUCACUCACUAAUGUUCUUGCCGCUAAAGUUAAAAUCUGAUUCUAUAAAAACAUCUCUGUAACGCUCUACUCUCACAAAUAGAUCAUGAAACAUGUCUGAUUACAAUUUCUGUAGGACAAACUAGAAAUGAUCAUUCAGUAUAUCGCCCAGCCCUUCACUGUACACAUUUCAUUAUGUUGCUAACAUAUUUUUGAAUUCAUAAAAUAUCAAACGCUUGAAGUUUUUCAUCAUGAUGUCUGUUUUAUCAUGUGAAUUACUGGAAUCCAUAUUCUUCGUUAUUAAAAAGUAAAUGCACAUAUUUUAAGCGAGUUACACUCACCAUCCUCCCAGAACCAUGAAAUUACAAUCAAAGUAUAAAACUCACUUUAAAGUUUCCAGAAUACAUCUGAGUAACGGUUAUCAAGUUUAGCAUCGAUUCCUCAUCCAUCACCUGUUUAUCACCUGGGGCUGAAUUGCACUGAGACAGUAUUAGGCUUUAUAUAUAUGUACAGGAAACCAUUCCAGAAGUUUGUUUCAUGUAGGUGAACGUAUAAUUUAGAUUUCUAGAGGAUCUAUGACUAAAUCUAGCCUCCCAAAGCUCCAGAGCCUUAACCACUAAACGCACAAGAGUGACCGCAACAAAUGAAAGUUUUAGUGCAAGUGUUGAAUUGAGCUUACUGAAAACUUAAAUGUGCUAAAUGUUUUACUAAAUUUGGGUCCAUCAACCCAACAUUCCCUCUCUGAGUUUCAUGCUUUACAAUGUAAGUGAAUCAGAGGAUGUUACUGAAUUGUUCACCUUUCCACAUUAUUCUAAAAUAAUCUCUGAUGGAUUGAAAGGAAUGGGUCGGUUUUCCACAGAUUUUGUGCUCCAGUGCGAGGGAUUCCUUCCAUGUGGCUUAACUUUUGAUUGAUUGUAUUUAUUCAUGAAACGCAUGCCUUGAUUUAUGUUUGAAUGUGGAAACAUGGUACUUCGCCACAAGGGCCUUCAUGUUUACAGCGCUGGAUAUACCUGAUUAUUAUUGAUGUUCACAUGACGACACUACAGUGGACUAAAGGCACUUUAUUCAUCUGAUAUAAUUCCUGAUCAUGUUAUUGUUAGGUUAUUUUAAAUAUACAGUAAGGAUAAUUUUUUCUAAUAUGAAAACUGCUUUCAAAAUUGAUUUCUUUUCUGUUUUAGUUUUUCAUUCUUCUUUAUACUGAUGUAUUCAUGACUUUCUAGUAGAUGUUGAGAAUAUGCCAGCACCCUUCACUACCUGCGUAUUUCUUAGUCAGCAGAAUUGUCAUUUGAAGUGAUUGUUUUUCACGGUAUGAUAAAAAGGUCUGUUCGGAUGUUUUAUCUGCCGUGCCACACAGUUCAACAGGUGAUACUUCGCUCCGUUUUGUUUUUGGUUUGUUGGGUGGUUGUUAAAAAUGGACAAAAUAAAGAAUCUAUUGUA